GUGAAAUAUUUUAUACUUACGGAUUUGCGCAAUCAUUUCCACUGUGACCAUGUGCCACACAGCUUCUGUGCGUUUAAAAGUAAGGAUUACCAUGCCCCAACUUUCCGCAGCUCCAUGUGGCUGCUGUUACAUGUUGAAUGCUGGCGAUGGCAGCUCCACAAAGUGCAGCCCCGCCCCGAUUACGUCCACGGUCGAGGGGGGCUGUUCGCACGUACAAACUGGGGGGCACUAUCAUUAUUACAGCGUGUAAUCAGCGGGGGAUGACGAGGCGGAGCGAUGAGUUGGAGAGUGUGAGAGCUCAAAUCACAAUUGAUCGAUGAAUACCAAAUAAAGUUCCGCCCAGAUGGAAUAGAGCGUCAUCCUUGAAGCGCAUUUAAUCAACGUUUGCAACUCUUUUAUGGCACAUCAAUCGCGCAUUUAGCCAGACAACUCAUUCGCAGUGCAGUGAGCAGAAAACACGCAAAAUGCAUUCGUAUAUGCAACAGUUAACGGAAGAGCAGAGCUGAACACCUCACCUUACCUCACCACCCCCUUCCCACCAAGCGUGUAACCCAUUUGCCUUGUUGGUUCGAUAAACUCGUCAUGGAGCUGACAACACGAUAGCAACAGCAACAGCAACAGCAACUGCAAUAGAAAUAGGUGCUAUACAGCGGGGAGCAACAAUAAAGAGCAACACUUUUUUUUGUAGUGCAUUGGCAAAUGCCCAACGGUAAGGAAGCAAUCUCUAACUUAAUACGGAAAACUUGUAAACGGUGCAACGAGAGAAAUGGAAAAAUUGAAAGGCAACCAGCAGCAGAAGAAGGUCGAGACAGGCAAUGGCAAUGGUAAUGGCAACAGUCAGCGCAAUGGCAAUCGAGUUGCCCCGAGUCCCAGUCCAAGUCCAACGGGCAGACCCAAUCCGAAUCCCUUCAAGCGGCCGAUGAAUGCGUUGCAAAAGCAAUGGUAUCGAGUGCUUCUCGCUCGACGUGUGGGCUUCGGGCAGCGGCCGCCGCAGGACGAGAAAGAGCUAACCUAUGCUGACAUAUGCCAUCGACGCUAUGUGGCCGCAUUCCGACGCUACAACGAACGUUUCCGCUGGGAAAUGGCAAUGCAUGAACAGAUGCAACGCUGUGCCAUCGACGCCAUGCGUGUGCACAGAACUUUUGCCAUUACCACGCUCUGGCUGCCGUUGCACUCGAAGCGGGAAAUCAACUCGACGCUGGAGACCCUCGAGAAGGUUCUGACGGUGAAGGAAAGGCGACGCCUCGAGGAGAUACUCAAACGAGGUGAAUCUCUGCGAACGCGACGAUGACUCGCUCACUCUCUGACUCACUCGCUUACUGUCGCGCUUUGUGAGUCUCUUCUCCACUUUCAGUUGAGCAGCAGCAACACUUUCAAGCACAGCACUUAGGAAACUCUUCACGGACUUCUCCUAUUUCUCUCUCUCUCUCUCUCUUGCUGAACUUGAAUUUCACUUUGUCAGACGGUUUUCACGUUGUGCUGUGUCGUAAAUAUUUAAUACAAAUAAAAGUGCGACUUUCACUUCAUUUAAAGCGCAAACAAAAUACUAACACACUCUGCUGUCCCUCUUCAACACUGUCUGCCAGUGUUGGCUACAGCUGCAAUUUCAUCUAUGCAGCCACUUAAGACAAGCGAACUUGCAAACGUAAACUUAAUUGAGUUCUAAGCCGAAGGGGAAAAUAAAUAGAAGUUAGCUUAAGCGGAGUGGCGCUGAAGAGAAUGAGAGAUGGAACAACUAAUGCUUCCAUAUACUACUCCGAUUUAAGUUGCAUACUUUGCUUUAGUUUUCAGCAAAUAUAUGUUAACUUAAAAUGGUAGACAAUUUUUUCAACAUUGCUUUAACUUAUCUGAGUAUAAGUUAUAUUUGCAGACGUUUUAAGAAUAAACGAUAAUAAUAAAAAUACAAAUA